UCGGCGAAGGGCAUUUUCGCUCACUCGUUGGUACCGUGAAGUUGGUCUCUUCUCUCGCUCGUUUGAUUGGCACUGCGUGAGUCUGUCUGUGCGUGAUUCCGGUGAUAUCGCCAUUCGGAGGAAGAGAGAGAGAGCUAGAGAUAGAGAGAGAGAGCGAGAGAGAAAGAGAGAGAGAGGAGCGUUAGUUGCCAUCGGUUGUGUUGUCUUGGCUUGGCCUUGUACAGUGAUGCUGAACGUAAACAAACAGAACCGGGACGAAGUUCAGUGAAUGAUUGUGAUUGGUCCGGGGGUCUGGUCUGACCACUACCACCUCCUCCCCCCUCCUACUCCUCCCACCCCCCAUCAUCCCCAUCCUCCUCCUCCUCCUCCUCCUUCUCCUCCACCAUCACCGGCCGCGGCUGUUUAUGGGACUGCAUAGCUCCGCCAUUUAUGUAACCCAACUUAGCGGGGUCCACGUUAACCCUGCUACAAGGCCCACCUUCUCGGGCGGGUAAAUGGCCAGUGACCGUUGAAAUGGAAUAAAUGAGUGACUGUCGACGUCCUGCGUUGAAAUCCACGCUCGGAAUUCGCUACAGGACCGGGGCCGUUCGUUGAUCAAUCGAUCAGAUAUUGGCGGGUCCCUCUUCGACGGCCGAUUGCACGCACCACCACCACCCGUCAGCUGGCUCUCUCGGAGGCGAUGAUUGUUGGCGACGGUGGUGGCAGCAGUUCGCCUAGCGUCGCCUGGUCCCCUAACGCACUAUGUCGUGAGUGAAGGGGCUAGGAAGAACGGGGGAAGGGGCAUGGGAGGGAGUGAGCAGGGGAAAGAGAAUAAGAAGAAGAAGAAGAAGGAAGGGCUGUCGCCGCCGCCGCCGCCGCCGCUGCUGCUGCUGCUCUGCCGCCGUGAGGAGGCGUGAGGCAGAGAGUGAGGUAGAGCUGAUCCCGUCACGUGGGUCCCUCGUAUUGACUCACCCGCCUCCGUGACGAAUCAACAUCCAGAGGCUGCCGAGCCAAAGUGCGUUCUAGCCAGCGCGCAACGCUUCCCGAACCAACCACCCCCCUCCUCUAUCUUUCUGAGGGACUUGUUUUUAUGAGUUUUAAAGUAGUACCAGUGGUGUUUCGCAUUUCUCCGUCAUGAUGUGGUGUGUUUUAUUUCGAGGUGAUUGUGAUUCGACGAAAUGCAACUGAGAGUCGAGAGUUUAAGUGUUCACCGUGUCCCAGUGUUUUUCGCUCGCUAGAACAAUCUUAUAAUUUCCCGUCACGUUCUUAGUCGUGCGUGUGACCGUGACAACAUUCUACAGUACACUCACGCACGCGCACAUAGCCGAGCCAGUUGUGUGCUUGGCGUGGGCCAGUGCGAAUAUGACAGAGGUCGUGGACAAGACGCUGAUCGAAAGGUUAAUUCUUGAGCAUUCCGAUCGCCUCGAGUUGGAGAUUAACCAGAAGGCCAGGGCUGAUGCUUGGAAGUUCUAUUACCGCGUUCGAGUAGACCAUGUGAUUCGCCCCUUCGCCGUGUGCAAAGUAUGUUUCCGAGUGUUACACUGCGACUCCCGCAGUGGCACGGCCAGCCUGCUGCGCCACCCCUGUAAUCCCCUGUCGGAGAGGUCCCCAGUCAACCGCGCUGUCAAGCUCUCCGCAAAGCUCAACCUUCCCGUAGAUACGACAGCCGCCACCCUCAAGGCGGAACUCAAGAGCGAGAACUACGCGAACGACAGCGUCAAGGAUGAGUUCAUCUUCAAGGGCGAGGUGGCCGGGGCGCAGCAGCAUAGCGACGGAGGGAGCGCCAGGUCGUCGCCCGUGUCCCUUACCACCAUAACCUCGAGGGCGUCCCCGACGAGCACCGGUUCGCCACCUACCGCGGCGCAGCCGACCACCACCGCCACCGCCUCCGUCGGGAGUAGGAAAAGGAAGACGGGCAACCCUCCUCCUUCGUUUCCCAUAGACUUAAGAUUCCUGCAGCUGCCGCAGCUGGUUGCUGCCGCUGCUGCCCAUCCCUUGACUGCGCUCAACAUAGCCAACGCGACAGCCCUCUUCGCUGACCCUCAGCGCCUUCAGCACCUCCAGCAGCAGUUGCACCAUUCUCAUCUCGAACACAUACACCGUCAGCAGCAACAGCAGCAGAGAGAGAGAGAAAGAGAGGAGCAGGAGGCGAAGAGAGCGCGAUUCGAAGUCACAGUGAAGGAGGAAACUGUAGGAGGAGGAGGAGAUCCAGGCAGUCCCGAGGCAAGCAGCUCCUGCUGGGGGAGAGGAACGGUGAAGAAGGAACGCGCCGACACGAGUGACAGCUCCCACCCGGAGGAUCUCAGAGGCUCAGCCUCUCCCAUCAGGUACAGUUGGCACCAUCGGGUCCAUGAAGACAGUCCCAGCGGCGGCGGCAGCGACACUUCUACAGGAGGGUUAACGAAAGAGGUCGUGCAACAGUUGGUCAGCAGUGGGUCUUCGAGAGUCACGCUCACCGACAAGGAUUCAGGCGGGUCUCAUUAUAUAUCGGAUGUGUGGGUGCGAUUCUCAGUGGUUUGCGUGGACGGUGUCCCUAGACCCUUCGCUGCCUGCAAGAGCUGCCUGAAGGUGGUGACCUACACGAAAUACAGCGGUACAGGAGGUCUGCUCAGGCACCGUUGUUCCUCGACAGAUAUCCAUUCCCGUCAACACGAAGACUCCGUCGCGCCCACCACGGAAGUUGACCCCCGCCUUGGGGAUUCUCCUCCACCCACGGUCCACGCCCAUUCUCCCGCCCAUGCCGUCCACCCAAUUUCACCGCAGGGGUCGCCUCUCAGUUUAUCCCUCCGUCGAGACAGCGAUGGAGGGCGUCUUCCAGGGGAAACGCCCAUGGCGCCCAACGCCGCCAUGGCAGGCGUGGCGAGGGCGUUGGUGAGAUACAUGUGUCAAGAUCUGGUGGCGGCGUCGUCUCUGGAUUCCAACGCCUUCCAGAGACUCGUCUGGACCAUCUUGAAUCUCGGGGCCGCCCACGGCACCUUCCGGGAGGAGGAGCCCCUGCCCUCGGCGCGUCAACUGCUCAACACCUACCUGACGCCGAUGGCCGGGGAUUCUCGCUCUGUCAUCGCCAGAUCUGUCUUGGACCAGACCAACUUAUGUCUCUCCCUCCACCACAAUACCGAUCUCAGGUUACUCUCGGGCGCCAUCCACUUUAUAACGCCCAAAUUCGAACUCCGCAGCUACGCCCUCGGGGCACAUCGGGUGAUCGAACAGGAGACGGAGGACGAGGCCGUAACGGGUCUUCUGUCAGAGUUCUUCAGUGAUGUGUGGGUUCCAGCAGCCCUAAGAGACAAACACGUGACAGUCGUGAGCGACAGGGGCACGCCGUCGGAAUCGGGCGUGGUGGGCGUGAGGUGCGUUUGGCACGCCGUGGAGGAGGUGCUGGAUGCCCUUACGGAGGAGCCCUCUUACCGCCAGAUCUGUGACGACGUCGCGGCCAUCCUGUCCUUCUUGGCGGAUUCGGAUGUGUCGGGCGUCUCUAGCUGCGGACUUCAGCCUCACGAGGUGAAGAGAUGGGACGCCCUUCUUCACGCCCUCAACUUUAUCACGGGGCACCACGACGAACUCUGCGCAGUCAUGGCUGGCUGUGAGGCGGGAGCCACUCUCCUCGGGGAACGGCGCUUCUAUCAAGAAGUGUCCGAGCUCCUGACGGGGGUGAAGAGAUGUCUCCUGACGGUGCGAGACAGCUUAAGGCCUACCCUCAACCAAGCUGUCCUCUGCAGAGCUAAGCUCCUGCAAUUGUGUGCCGCGCCCUCGGCGUCCUUGCCCUUGAGGCAGCUGAAGCAGCAUCUGGCAAGCAAGUUCACAGACGCCCUUGCACUCACGCCCUUCCACCACGUCGCCAGCUUUCUUGACCCUCGCUGCAAGAGCUUAAAGGUCCUGACAGACACGGAGAAGACGGAAGUCCACCGUCACGUCCUCGAGAUGAUGAAGUCCGUCGCAGUGACCGAGGCCAACACGGGCGUCCUCAACCUGAAGACCACCCGCACGACGACCACCACCACCACGACCUCGACAACGUACAGCUCCAGCAACGGCCACUCGACGGACGCCUCCAUGCCCGCGACCACGCCCAACGACGUCCACCCGUUCCGGGAGUACAUGGACAAUCCCGCCCCGGACACCUCGGUGUCGGACAGCGAAGAGAUCAUGGCCUACGUCAACAUGAAGGUGCAUUUGGAAGACGACGAUAUUCUCGGGUGGUGGUCGGGAACCUCAGCUUCCGGGCUGUCCACCCUCCGAUUGCUGGCCAGAAAGAUUCUCGCGGUGCCAGCGACCUGCGCCUAUGCCCACGACCUCUGCCUCAAUGCCCGCCAGGCCCGUCAGCAAAUGGGCAUCGUGGAGGAUUCCCAGCUGAACAAUGUCCUCCAUCUCAAGUACAACAUGAACUAAGAGUUUCCUCCUAUUUGGUGUAUUCCAUAUAUAUAUUUUUCUUCGCGACAGUUUAGAUAUCUUUUUAAGUCUGCCCUCAGAAAGAUCCUAUAGACGUAUAUACGCCAUUCUUUUUUUUUUUUGGAUGGCGAUAGAUGGUUUUUAAAAUAUUCUUCCAUGUAUUGUAAUACUACAAGAGAUUUGUUUUCCAUAUUGCCGAGAGUCAGAAGAAACCAUUUUCCCAUUUCAUUCUUGGAUAUCAAAAAAAAAAAAAAAUGCCGACUAUUUCCAUAAUCAGGCAGUGAGGACGGUAACCUCCCAAGCAAAACUGGUUCAAUGGUUUUGUUUUACACUGUAUAUUUCUGUAAUUGCCUAUGAUGACGAGAGGUGUCGAUACUGACUGCGAGAGGUGCCCUUUGGCACAUCACACCAGGAAUAACAAAGGAGGUGAACUUUGGUCGUGAGUGUAAUGAUGACUUCAAUGCUCAAUUGCCAAACACAAUGUGUAGUAUUUUAUGUAUAUCACUCAAGGUAGCAGCUCGUUUAAUUUGAGGUUGUGAUUUGGUUGCUGUGUCAUAAAUGAUACGAUCGUCAUAUUUUUUUUUUUCGUGAAUGUGCAUCAGGUUGGCUUUAUCUGUGUAUUUUGAAGUCUAUAAUUUUGUAUUUAUUGUCAUGCGAGUUGACUUGCAUCGUUCAUUUAUAGAAUACGUAUUUGUUUUCUUUGUAUUUAUCAAUCUUUUGAGGACUUCCAAUCCCCCUCCCUCCCCUCCCCACUUUUUUUUGUUGCUUGUAAUAAUCUGGUGCUUCUAAUUGCAAAGACAUAAUUAUAAUUAUUUAAGAACAGCUCAAGUCCUGAAAGGCUUUUUUUUCUUGUUAUCUCACUUUUCUUUCUCCUUUAUACAAAGCCGUAAGCUCAAUUACUGUGGGAUAUAUUUACAAUAUUAAGUAGUUAUUUAAAUUUUAGCUCUUUCUUCUGUGUUAGAAUUUGUUACUGCAGUCCUCUGAUAAUGGUUUUUCUCUGUUAGACAUUUACUUUGUUUGUGUGUGUGUGUGAAUGAGAGAAAAAGUAAUUUAAAUCCAGAAAGUGAUAAGGGCACAUGGAUUAACAGAAGCACAGAGAUGGGCAUAAGACGGAUAAACUGGAUUGCAUGCUCUUAAUCAAGGACAAAUGCUCAGGUCGACAUUGUGCAUGUGAGAGAUGGCACUUGUUGCACAGUGCACGGAGAGCGCUUUACUUCAGCUUUACAUGAAAAGUAUUAAUUUAUUUUGCAGAAGUCUUGUGGGAUCAUUUGAAAAUAUGCUGCUGAUACAUUUUGUUACUCAGAACUUAUGGAAUUUCCUUGAGAUUUUUCAUAAUCGCAUUGUUUAUGUACCGAACUGGAUUAGAUUGACAGUUAUGAAAUGUUUUAUAUUCACUGCAUUUUCAUUUUCAUAGUAUUACAGGCAGUGUGAUAGUGGGGUGGGAUAAUGUCUCUCCCUGUUCUGUUGAGUUUCUACACCUUUAGGAAAUUUUGAGUUAAACAAAUGGAGAUGUAAAUGUAAUCUCUGGUGGUUUUGUGUCCCAGUAUGCUGUAUUUAUUAAGUUAAUGGGUUUAUUGUACUGAACUAUAUCUACAUUUUGAUGGAUACAGUAUCAGGCCUAUUAUGUAGUGUUGUAAUUUUGAGACAAGUUUGAAUUACCAGAAUUGAAGAAUGACAGUCAGCUCAAGCAAUGAAACAGAUAUGCCAUAUAUCAAGAGAUUCCAAUUUCUUAAUUAUUUGUUUUGCUCAAUGAAAUACAUCUGGAUAUGAUUUGAGAGACGAGAAGGUUGUGCCAAAGACUUACGUGAGUGCUCAAUGAUGGGGUUACUGGCUGGGGACUGCUUAAUAUAUCCCCCUCUACCCCCAAUAUUCUACGGUUGCUCCUUGUUUCCGAGCUCACUGCGAAAGUAGAGAAGAGCAGGCAGUGAAGGUUACAAGCGUUGGUGUGUAUAGUGUGUUCUUUUCAUUGUUUGAGAGUCGCAUCAGCUGCUUUUUGUACAUAGAAUGGAAAAUUCCUCCUUAUUUGACAAUGCGAUGAUUGCAACCCGUUUUGUGCGAGUGACUCACCAUCAUGUACAAGAUGAUUCUAUGUAGUGUGAGUUGGGGUUCAGAAUGAUUUAUUUCUCAGUUUUGUUAGUGUUAUCUUGAUUAACACCUUCCAGGUUGUUAUAAAUGUUGUUGUAUACUGAAUCACAUAAUAUGCUUUUGUUUGUUGUUUAGUGUCAUACUUCCAAGCCAGUUUUGGUGGUGUCUUGCAACAGUUACUAAUGAUAACAUUUGUUCUUCCUCCAUAAGUAAGCUGCAGUUGUUUUUAUAGAUUAGUCUGUUUUUCCUAGAAAAGUUUAUCAAUGAUUACAAUGUGCCAAAACUGUAGAAACACACUUUGAGUGUUAAUUGAUUUCUUUUUUUACUUUUUGAAAUGUAUAGAGACAGUACAGUAAUUUAUUUUUAGCAGAACAUUUUAGUUUUCUUGAGGCCAAGACAGGUUAUCAAGGUACUGUAUCUCUGAAAACGUUUAAAAGACAAUACCAUGUAUUGUGGUAGGGACUGUGCAUCAUAAGUAUACACAUGUUUAUUUCUCCAUGCCCUUAGCUGUCAUGUCAUGUUGUAUAAUACAGAUUGUAAAAGGGUGUCAUUUUAUCCUAAUGUAAACUUGUAAAAUACAAAGCACAUGCAUAUAUUGGUAGCUAUCAAGUAUGGAAAGCAUUUCAACGAGAUAAUAAUACUUGUAACUGAGAAGGAUGUGAGAAGCACCUUUCUAAAUUCAUAUUUAGUUAUGUGAUUUAUGCCAAAAAAUCAUUUGAAAAUUCCUUUGAAGUUUUAUAACGAGUAAAUAUUAAUCAAUGGAAUUUUUUAUAUAAAUCUAACAAUGCAAGUUUUCAUCUUUUUGUUCGGAGGCCUUCAGGCUUCAAAGUGUUUUUUGUCAUUAACAGGAAUUUCUGCAUCAGGUCUCAUGCUUUUGACGUGCAACUUCAUUCAUUUAGUAUUCUGAACAGUAUUCCCUGUAAUCCAACUUUUUGCAAUUUUUUUAUAUUAGACUAUUUAAGUUUAAUGAAUUAGAAAUGAAUGUGUAUGGUAAUGAAUUGAACUGGUACAUUUCAGUAUUCUAGUAUCAGUAUAAAGGAUGUGCUUGUAUACCGGUAAUCUUUGUAGAUUGAUACAAUCAAGUGAUAACCAUUGCAAUUUACCAGCCUUUUGUGUGUACUUGAAAGGUUGUAUUCAAAAUAGUCUUCAUUGUAUUAAUAUCAACAUAAUAUCUUUUUUUUGGGCUGUGUUGGAACGUGAGUUCCUUUGUGAAAAUAUUUUCAUGGUCUUGAAAAGGAAUCUGCUACUGAAAGACAAAAUAUUUUAUAGGUUUAAAAAUAUGGUUGUAAUUUGGUUGUCCCCUCCUUGUCUGUUAAAGAAAAGUAACUACCAUGAAGUUACAUACACACUUAUUGAGAAGUUACAGUAUUCUGAAGAGACUGAGCGACGUGAACUUAGCCAUUUUAAGUACACGCUCCAGUUUCUCAGCUCCUAUAUUAAGUUUUUUAUUUCUAGCCGUUGCAAGUUUACAUCAUUAAGAUUGAUAUGGUGUUCUCUUGAACUUGCUGAUAACCUUUUGUUGUUCUUUGAGGGUAAAUUGAUGAAAGGUUUCUUGAAUCUAGUACUGAUGCAUUUUAAUAGAGCGUUAAAUUGGGUGUUUAGCGAUUGGCUCGAUUUCUUGCCAGUAGAUGUAUAAUGUGUAAUGUUUGUGAAAGGAUAUCGUGUGCCAUUUUUAACCUAAAAACACAGUUUGGAAUGCAUAUAUCCCAGUCUAUGAAAUGUUUAGUAGAAAAUGGAAAGUUCAGAAGUGUAUAUAAUGUACUAUUUUUGUGCUGAAUUAUCUAGUAUUGCUUUUGUGGGAAGAAAUUACCAUUAACACAUGAACUGCAGGAAAUCCUUUCUAACACAAAAGUGUAAAGUCGAUUUCCAGUUUAUCCAGCUCAGGAUAAAGGGUCGACUCUAAGACUUCUCAUGAUUUUCCCUUUAUUUGUACCGUAAUUAUUUAAGUUCGAUCACUCAUGCCAUUCCAUCAGCCAUCGUGGCGACGUUUUGCAUAAUUUGUAUAUAGGGUAUAAAUAUAUAUGUAUGUUCUAUGGAUAUUUACAGUCUUAUGUUUUUAUAUUCCAGAUGUGUCAUUGUGUGUAGGAAGAAAGGUUACGGGAAGAAGGGUCUGUCAGCACAUUGAGUGAGACAGAUUUCAAGGAAAAUAUUGGCUUUAUGUUGUAAAUAGAAGAGCUGGUUUGGAGGACGAAUGGAGUCUAGUGAGGGCAUCCAUUAAGAAUGGUGGUCAACAUGGUUAUUAUUUUGUUAUUUUUUGCUCAAACUACCUUUAUCGGUGUGAUGAUGAUUGUAAUUAUAAUUGGUGUCUGCAGAAGAGUUAUGAUUUUUUUGUUUUUUGCUGCGACUUGGAAAUUCACUUUGUAGCUUUAAGCCAGGCUAUGAACCCCCAAAGUAGGAAGGUUAUCCAAUUUGAUUUGCUCAUAACAAGAGUAGUUGUAAACGUAACUCAUUUUUAUGCUUUUAUUUUUUAAAAUGUUUAUUUAUAUGAUUUUUUUUUUAGUUUAAAGGGCAUCCCAUGUCUUAUCAAAAUAUCUGUCAUUUCUCUUAAGUUUUGUAUGAUUAUUAUUCAUUCGUUACUCUUGACAUAUUACCUCAUCAGAGUGUGACAUAAACUUAACCAUAAUUCAUAAUAAAAAAGGGUUAAGGAUCCCUACGAUUCUGCAACAUUGGGAAAUAAUGAUAUUUAUUUAAUCCUUUUAUAUCAGAAAGGAGUUUUCAAAGCAUUCCAGUAUAUUAUUGCUUCUAACUUAAUUUUUUUUUUAAUUUACUCUUCUUCCUAUUGUGUCAUGGAGAUGGCAGGUGGUAGUGAUAAGUUUCUUCCAGAUAUGCAUUUUUGCCAUUACUCCUCUCCUCUGAUAUUCCCUCAGACGAGCAAAAUGUACGCGAGUCAUUCCCAAAUAUUUGUGUUCUGGAUUUUUCAUUCGUAAUCAUUUCAAUUACGGUAAUCUUCCAUUUUUAAUUACAUUAAUCUGUCUAGCCUUUCAUUUUGUGCCAUCGGUCUCUGCCAGUAAAGGCAGCAGAAAGAUCUGACUACUUCAAAAAAUUAUCAUUGUAUGUCUUCAGCUGUAGUGUUCCCUCCGUAUUCGCGAAUAACUAAAACCCGCGAAUAGUUGAAAUCCAUAUAAAAAUGUUUAGAUUGCCUAUUUUGUUGGUUGAAACUCAAGGAGAACCCAAUAAAAAUGUUUAUGCCAGGUUUUUUUAAUAGUUGUAUCACAAAAAGUGCAUUUUAUGAUGACAUUGAUAAACAAAACAGGAAUUUGUGGAUAUUUACUAUAGAAAAAUACAGCGAGUGUGCUAUUUUCCCGCGAAUAAUGGGUAGAUAUGGUCCAUAGAGAAAUCCGCGACUGAGUGAGUCCGCAAAUGUCGUGAGCGCGAAUACGGGGGGUCCACUGUAUCUCUUAUAGCUUAAGAUUGCAUAUGGAAAGAUAAUUAGACACAUCACCAACCAUUCUCUGUGUAAGGAGCGGUAUCUUGGCGGUCACAGUUCAGAGAACAUUUUUGAGUGGUUUGGUCGGAACCACUGGUUUGGUUUGGGGUAUUCGGAAGAGGAUUGAAGGAGUCCUGAGGUUUCCUACCAAAUCAGCUGUCGUCACUGACUCAUCCCUUGUUUGGCAGAAUGUCUCCGAGUAAAAUGUAAUGUGUUUAUAUACAAAAUCAGUCUGAAGGUUCCACACCUAGUUCCAUGUGAUUCUUUUCAGUAAAUUAAGACUGACAGUGUAUUUUCAUGCCUACACAAAUUGAGAGGACGUCAGUUACACAAAGAAUACACCAUGUAAUAUUUAUCUUGACAUUUAUAGAGCACACUAAUACUUGGUUUUCAUUGUAAUGGUAUUUUGGUAAUGACUUGCCAUAGAAAUUGGAAGAUUUUACGUUUCUGACGUUGAAAAUCAGUUCUGUCAAAUGAGGGGUGUUUGUACUUCGAUGUUUAAUUAACUGUGGCCUUAGAGUACUGUACCAAUACUGUGUGGUUGCGGAUAGGGAAACACUAACUUAUCUAACGUUGUGUGCCAUAACUUUGUAAAAGACAUUAUUAUUUUUUAUACUAAACUUUUCAACAAAUAAACUUUUGCAUUUUUCUCAAAA